AUGCACCUGCAGUUGAAAACCUCGCAUAAGGACGGGCCCUGGGCAGACCCGCCACCUGAGGGGCUAGAGCCAACCCAGCUAGUGUUUGUGCGGCUGCACGUGUCUGUGCCUGCCCACUGGGCCAGGCGGGGACCUGUGAGGGACAGCCUCCUUCCCCGGGAGGGCAUCCGGGUCAGCGUGACGACGGAGGACUUGGGGGCCAGCGUGCCCCGCUGCGUGCCUUCUCCGGAGCCUCAGUCUCCCCAUCUGGAAUCCGGGCUCCGUCCGCCUGUGGCUGAGGAUGACGCCAUGGCUGCCCUGAGGUGGCCCAGGCCCUCCCAGCAGCCCGGUGACCUGCAGGGAGCUCCCCACGUGGCCUGGUCCGACCACACUGAGCAGCUAGGCGCCCGGGGGAAGGUCCACAGCCACCCGGUGUGGUCGGAAGGCGAGGAGGCCAAGGAUGGGGACAGCUCGGUGUCAUCAGGCCGCCUCUCUGGCUCCUCUGGGGGCCACGAGUCCUGCACAUCUCCCCCCGGGCCCUGGAAGGAGAGGCCCCCCCAGGUGCUGGGGCCCCGGCGGCAGCCCAGAGAGAGCAACCCGCGGCUGGAGCAGCUGCGGGACAAGAUCCGGGCCCAGGCCCAGUGGCAGGCCAGCUGCGCCUCCCUGGGCACCUCCGCACCGUCCAGCGCCUCGCGCCUCUACAGAGCCUCCAAGUCAGAGCCCCGGAGGAAGGCCAGGAAGCCGAUGAACCCCCCUCCAGCCCCGUGGGAGGCACUCAGGCCUGGGGCCUCCGUCAAAGGCUUAGGCGCCCUGAGUGUGGCUCCAUGUGGAGUGGAAGACAAGGCAAUCCCCGGCCAGGGGUGCGAGCCGUCCGGGGUGCCCCGGCGCCAGGCCUCAGUUCCACGGGAGAAAGCCAGAAGGAUGCAAAGUAGUCCUUGCAAAAGGGAGAAGGCCCCCAGAUCACCCAUCCCCAGAAGAGCCGCCAAAGACAAAGAUUCUGAGUUGGUUGGUGUUUACGCCUGGAGGAAAGGACCAGCCCUGGUGAGGGCCCUGCUUGGGCCCCGUCCCGCCCUCCCCGGGCUCCAGAGCAAGGCUCCCUCAAGAGACCAGGCCCCUACCGCGGAAUUAGGAGAUAGCAAGAGAGUUGGAGCUGCCGAGAGCUCCCCUGUCUGCCCCCGGAUGCCCAGUCCAGCCUCCUUCCGAGGUGACCUGCAGCUCUCUGCCAACGCACCCAACCUGGCUUCCUGCGACCAGCCCAUGACCAUCCAAAACGCUAUGGCCGUCCUUAGAGACCUCCGCCAGCAAAUCCAGGCCGGGCUGGAGCUGGCCCGGCACCGCCACUCCAGGGGAGGGCCAGAGCUGGGGCGGUCAAAGCUGUGGCUGCAGGACCCGGCGGGGAGGAGGCAGUGGGGCCCCUGGAGCACCCCAGACGUGCGGGGCUCCUUCUCCAAGAGUCCUCAAGCAGGGAUGGAGGGGAGGCGCUCCUCCUUAGAGAGGCCUGGCAGCUUCCCCACUGGGCAUCGCUGGAGCACCCUGGCUGGGUGGGAGUCCUAUCCCCAGCGGACCAGAGCGGCCCCAGGACGGAACCCCUCCUUCCAGAGGCCCGGGAGCCCCCCUGAGAGGCUGACCUCCCUGCCGCAGCGGCCCUGGAGCGCCUCGGCCGGGCAGGCCUCCAGGCCCCCGCGGACCUGGGCCACUCAUGAAGACUGGGAGAGCCCCGCCCGAAGACCCUGGAGCCCUUCUGGCCAGCGGUCCCAGAGCGCCUCCUUCACGCAGGGCGCUAGCACCCCGUGCAAGGACAGAGGCUCCCUCCUGCCGCCCUCCGGAGUGGAGCACGGCUGGCUGAGGCCCGCCAGGGGUGCCCCGGGGAAGGAGGAUGAGGAGUGGGUGCCACCACCCUGCCCGAAGCCCCGGGGGGCCCUGGGCCACCGCUACAGCACCGAGGCGCUGCGGGAGUUCAUGCGCCAGAAGACGUUGGCACGGCGGCGGCAGGCCCUGGAGGAGAAGGCCUCGGCCGUGCGGGCGCUCGAGCUGAAGAACCAGAGGCUGCAGGAAGUCUACAGGAAGCAGCGGGAGGCCGUCCUCGGCAAAGCCGUCCCUGUGGUCUCCCAGACGAACCCCGGCAUUGUGACCUUUUUCCCGCAUUGUGCGCCAUCCAGGGGCCUGGAAGCUCCUGGGAGCCUGGGGUCGCCUGUGUUGGAGUGGAGCAAGGUGACCUCCGGCAUGGUGCUGGGGGACCAGGAGGCCCCGGGCAGCUUCUGCCUGUGUUUGAACAGAGCCUUGAAUCGCACUGAGACUCUAGAGGUGGACGGCCCCCAGGACGUCUGGGAUGGUGCCCCCAUGCGGAAGCUCCAGGACCUGACCAGCCGGCCCCCGCGCCCAGGCGUGUGCAUCUACCUGGACCCCGAGGAGAGCGAGCACCUGGGCACACCGGGGCCCCUGCACUUCCGCCACAAGGAGGCCCGGCUACAGGCGCUGGAGACCAUGGCCAACGUCCUGAAGCAACGGAUUGACAUCCUCACAGCCAAGCUGCACAGGUCGGAGGCACCGGACACUCUCGGGGACCCGGUCUCAGACCUGUCGCUCUCACGCCCCAGCACCGUGCCCACAGCCCCGGUCUGCUCUGGAGGCCUGGUGCCCAACAGGAGCAGAGGGGCCCCCUGGGACUGGGCAGACUUGCCGGCCAGGACACUGGUCCCUCCUACCUGCUUCCUGGAUGGCGGGACUCUGCCGUGGAGCCCCGACUGGGAGCGGCGACAGAGCGUCAGCCCAAGAGGCCACUACGACAGCAAGCCCCGAGGUUUCAUUGAGGACGGGCGUUUGGAGCUGGAUAACAGGCUGGCAAGAAACACGGCUUCCUUCCAGGCCCUCGGCCCCUUCAUCGGGCGCUCAGUCGGGGUGCCGGCCAUGUUGGACCCCACCUGCGGCUCCCUGCAGCUGGAGGAGAUGCCGUCGGCCAGAGGGGCGGCGGGCUUGGUCACGCCCUGGACCGCGCGAGGCUGCGGUCAGCGCUCCAGGCACCUUGCCAACGUCCCCUGGAAGUCCCCAAGCUUUCUCAAGUCCCUGCAGCUGAACCAGGAGAAACAGGAACGGGUGCUGACCCUUCUGCGGCAGCAGGCAGAGCUGGAGGUCUGGGAGACGCAGAAGGCCCUGGACCAGCUGCUCUUCAAACACCAACUGGAGGUCAGCCGGCCCAUCCUGAGGGCCCGAGGGCUCUUCCCAGCAUCUUAUGGAGAAACCCUCCACCCAGGCCGGGCCAGAACCGGCUUCGGCUUCGGCUUCAGCUUCGGAGCGGCCACGGGUGUGUGGAGUCCUGGAGCCGACAACCUCUCUGGACACCGCGACCGCCAGACCCAGGUGGGGCCAUCACAGCCAGCCCUGGGCAGAGACGCUGCCACACCCUCCCAGGGUGCCCAGGAAGGACAGCAGAGUCAGGAGGACAAGUCAGCUUCUGCAGAGCCCCCGCAGGAAGUGGGACCAGACCAAGCUCCCUCCCAGCUGCCCCUGGCCAGGCUCUACCCUCGGGUCCACCCCACCCGCCAGAUGCUGGAGCUGAGCCUGCGGGAGGAGGAGCUGCGCGCGCAGCACCAGACUGCGCUGCUGCGCCUGCGCGAGAAAGCGCUGGAGGAGAAGAUGUGCGCCGAGCUGGCCUGGUUGGAGCAGCAGCGAGCGUGUCUGGGCAGCAAGGGGAGCCCCACGGUGCCGGCAGCCUUGGUGGAGAGGCAGCUGCAGGCCCUCAGCAGCCUUGAGCAGGAGCAGAGAGAAAUCCGAUGCCUGCGGAACACUCACCUGUUCUCCCACAAGGAGAGGAAGCUGCUCCUACAGCAUCAGAGGGACAUCCUCUGCCUGCAGACGGCCCUGGCGCACCUGCAGCAGGAGCUCGAGGCCCGAACCAGGCCGCCUCAGAGGUCUGGCCCCGAAGUCAAGCCUGCUCAGACGGAGGGGCCGGCACAGGGCUCCUCGUGCCCCUCGACACCACCUGGGCCUGGCAGCCCCACCAGCCCCAACCUCUGGAGAAGCCCUGAGAGCCCAGGCGCCCAACAGCAGGAGGACGGGACCCCGCCCCAGGCCACUUCAGCCACAGAUAGUCCCCAGCUGCUUCCAAGGCGGGUGUGUGGAGAGGACACGCCUGUGGCCCGCAGCUGGCCUGACGCUGGGGGCCGGCUGGCGGAGAGCCAGAGCCCCGUGAGCCAAGGAGACCCCCAGCCCAACCCCCAGCCCUUGUCCUCGGAGGAGAAGACCCGGCCUCUGAUGGAAAGCCGUGCACAGAAACUCCAGGACCGGCACUCCCUGGGCAGAGGGGGUCCCUGCAGCCCCCCGGAAGCCAGCGUGGCUGAAGGCAGCAUGAGCCCAGCAGGGUCGGAAUUGGGGCUGGAUUUUGCCAACAGCCCCAGGGAAGAGGUCCAGCAGAUGGAAAGCUGGCCGUCAGGGGAACAGAGGUCUCCCGCGCCACCCAGCCCACGUGCGGGCAGCCCCCUGGAGCUGGGCCCCGAGUCUGAGUCUGAGUCCGCUCCCCGGAGCUGCUUGGGGUCCCGUGCCUCCUCCUCUGUGAGCGGGCCAUCCUGCCGCUCUCUUCAGGGGUUUCAGAAGGUGUCUGCCACUCUGGUACAGCUUUCCCUGUCAGACUGGGAAGCUGGGGACCCUCCCGACUCCCCCGACGCAGACCCUGGCUGGUCUGGGGAGUUCUCUCCUCAGGACUCCUGGGGGCUCCACCACGGCGGGGGGCAGGUGGCCCGGGAGAGGGUGGAGGGCAGCGGGGCCGGUCCCCGGCGCGGCUCCCCCGUGGACGCAGGAGGCCCAGAGCCAGGCGGAGGCCCCCAGCAGGCAGGCUGGCUGCUGCCUCUCCCGGAUGCCCCCUCUUCGAGGUCAGGGUCAGAGCUGUCAGAGGCGUCCAGCGAGCUCUGGGACGAGGAGAACCUGCUGGAGCCAGGCACUGGUGCUGAGCCAGCCUCGGGGCGCUCCUCCCCUGCGGGAGGCUCAUCCCACCUGGAAAGUGGCGGGGCGCCCUGCUCUGCACCUCCUUCCUUGGGCCUUGGGGAGGGGCAGGAAGCUUCUGGAACCAGUGGGAGCCUGAUCAGUGGAUUAAAUACAGGAAGAGCCAAACAGGUGUCACGGGAGGCUGCCUGCAUGGCACUCCCAUCCAAAUCUUCCUCCAGUGACUUAGACCUGCCCCUUUCCUCUCCCUCGGGGUCCUUGGCAUCCGAAGCGGUGGAUUUUGGUGGAGGAGGAGACACUGGGCCUCUGCAGGCCUCAGAUGGCUGCCCACAGGGGCCCGGGGACGCUGACCUGAGACUAUCCAAUGACGGGAAACCCCAACAGGCCUGGUCUGAGCCUGAAGUCCCCGUGAACCUGCGGGCUCCUCCUAGGGACGCUGGCGAUCUGGUAGCCCGGACGCCCGAGGGCUGGGCGCCUGGGUGUAGGGGGAGGGGAGACUCCCUGGAAGCCUGCUCCACCCUGGCCAAUGGGGUCUUGCCUGAGAUCCUGUCCCCCGUGGACGACGUGCUGUCCUACGGCAGUGCCGACCUUCCAUCCUCCACCCACAGGGACGCCAGCCUCCCUCCUCUGCCUCCUACCCUCCCAGCAGAGAGGGAGGCCAACGCCACCAGCCUCCACUCAGAAGACUUCCCUCCCCCACCUGAAGAUGCCCUGUCUCCUGGGGGCUCGCUGGGCUCCCCCGGGGAGGACGCCUCCAUCAAAACUGGGGAGUUGCCCUCCUUGUCUGAGGAGGGCCUGCCUGAGCCGCUGUCCCCGGGGCCCCAGGAAUCAGGGCUCUGCCUGGAGGUGGGCAGACAGGGUGGAAGCCUUAGGGACAAAUUGGGUGAAUCGUGUUGUGAUGGGGGAGCCCAGGCUGUGGGCAGCCAGUGGUCUGAGCCAGCUCGCUGGCUAGGGUCCCCCUUGUGUGGGGGGGCAGGUGAUGCCGUGGCGGGGCUCCCAAGGCUGCCAGUGCAGCCCCCAAGCCCAUCCAGAGUGGCCUCCGAGGCCGGGGAGGGUCUGCCAGUGUUGUUGGCGGCUGGAGGUACGGGGCCGUCUGGCACCGGGCAGGGCGACCCGGCUCCUGCUUUGGGCGCAGGCCGCUGGGUGGACGCACCCGGCAUGGAGAGAGCUGAGGUGGUGGAUUUGGUCUCCAGCCAGCUCACCAGAAGGAUCCUGUGCGACUCGCUGGCUGUGCUCUCGGAGAUGGCCCAGCCGGUGGCCCGCUAA